AACAAAGAUAGCCCAUCUACCUUGCCUGUGUAUAUAGACGAUAGAUCAUGGAGGCCUGGUAGUUCGUUCGAUCUCUUCUCGCCUGACGAUCAGAUCGCUAGAUCUAUCUAUCUCGGCGCCAUGGCGCUAGGACGUUUGCCGCCGGACGCCGGUCCCAAGUCGCUGACCUUGGACUUGAUUCCUGGCUUGUCGACGCAGCGGAGUAGCGGGGAAUACGACGGCUGCCGCCGACGGUCCUCUUGGUCGCUUCCGUCCACACACAACCAGAUAAUUAGGCAAGGCACUCUCAACUCAACUUUCCAAAGGCCAUACAUACACACAUACGCGGCGCUGACCCGAUCGCAGUUCCCCACCCGCCACCACACCCGCACCUUCCCUUCCCCCGAGCGACCGCGCCUCGGCUCGGCCAGUCAACCCAACGAGCCCCGGCCGUGCCUCGACCAGUCAACCAUGGGCGACGCCACGGCCCCGGCGUCGGCGAGCAGCAAGACGGCGGAGCUGGACGCGCCGCUCAGCGCCCUCGGCUUUGAGAUCGAGGAGGUCUCGCCGUCGCGGCUCACCGGCCGCCUCCUCGUCACGGACACCUGCUGCCAGCCGUUCAAGGUGCUCCACGGCGGCGUGUCGGCGCUGAUCGCGGAGGGCCUGGCGAGCAUGGGCGCGCACAUGGCCUCGGGCUACCGCCGCGUCGCCGGCAUGCAGCUCAGCAUCAACCACUUCCGGAGCGCCGCCGCCGGCGACACCGUCCUCGCGCGGGCCGUCCCCGUCCACAUCGGCCGCUCCACCCAGGUAUGGGAGGUGAAGCUCUGGAAGAUGGAUGCAUCCACGCAGGGGGAAGGGCCUCAAAUCGCAGAGGCAAGGGUCACGCUCCUCUGUAAUCUACCCGUGCCGGAUGAGAUGAAAAGCGCAGGAGAACCCCUUAGAAAAUACUCUAAACUCUGAAACUCCACCGACACAUCCUCCUUUCCCUGUCCUGCCAGUCUUAGCUAUAAAGUUUCGUAAAGGAAAAUUAAGAGAUCAACACAUUUGAAGAAAAGGUAUCAGGUGCAGUGCAGGCAUAUCAAGUUUCAUGGUAUUUUCAUUUUCUUUGAAAUCUGUCCGCAUAAGGAUCGGAGGUAUCAGGAAAAGGAUACCCGAUGUGCCAAGCAGUAAAUGUGCGCAAAAAUCUGCACGUGUUUCUUUGUUUCACAAAAUCGGGAUUUCAAUAGUUCGAUGUCAAAAUCUGAAACGAAGAGAAAUAAAUUUAUCCGGGCCUUUACUCAGGCAUUUGGAGCACUGGUGGAUAGACCACUUAAGUUCUCUACGUGCACUCUCAGAAAGGACGCAAUGCUCAUCCACAUCUUCAGGCUGUGCUCAUUCCUCAUGCCCGUUUUUGUUCCUUGUUGUGAACAAUCUGUACACCUGUACGAUCGCCGGUCGGUUAACUACGAAGUACCCAGUCCCAAGUAAUUCACCGUUAAUCUCUUCUUUGAUCGGUCACGUCGAGCAAAACUAAAUCAGAGCAGAGCUCACAGUUCCCUUUUUACUCCUUCCAACCAUAGUUUGCAAUCUGGCGUUGUUCGUGUGGAUUCUCAUCGAUCCGAUUGUUUUUUUGCUGAACUGGUCUUCACUGACUCUAGAUCAUCUUGAGUUUGGCAGAACCAAUUUAUUUUUAUUUUUGAUGGUACUGUAGUGGCCGAUGCUAUUGUGAAGUGAGACUACCACAGUACCACGCUCCUCUGUAAUCUACCGGUGCCGGAUGAGAUGAAAAGUGCGGGAGAAUCCCUUAGAAAAUACUCUAAAUUGUAAAACUCAGGACAAAUUAAGCUUGAAAUGGGAUGAUCCAUUGAUAUGUGUUUCUGUGAAAAUA